GUUUCUUCUCGGCUUCUGCUAAGAAAGAUCAGUUUAACCGCUGCCUCUGUCGAGAUUGGAUGUAGCGCUCGUAGUUCUCUGUCGUUCCUGUGUUGACUGGGCCUGAACUCUACUUAACGGUGCAGUCGAUUUUUUUUUGUUUACAGGAUCCACCACCGUCUGUUUACUAGGGAUUUUUUUUAAAUUCCAAAAGUGGCUUUUUUUUUACGGGAUGAGAUCGUGGUGCUAGCGAGUGGAAAUUAAAAACGAAAAACUUCGAAAUUUGGAUGAUUUUUCUGUCGCAAAAAAAAAAAAAAACUGGUGUUGUGUUGAACAGUUUGAAAUCGAUGUGGUGGGUGAACUAUCGAAUAUAAUCAGUUUCCGCACAAGAGGCAGCAGCAUUCUUUGAAAAAAAAACUAUAAAUAAAAAAAAACUUCAAAAACAAAACCAAACUCAAAAACGCAGACCGGAAAAAAAACUUAGACCCAAAUAUGUCCCUGUGAUCAAUUACUUUCAAAGUGAUUGUUCCCCAAACUGCUUAUCCUCGACAUGGCGCCUUUGAGUGCCACUCGAAGCUUGGCCUUGUAUUGCCUCUUUACGACCGCCCUCUCCCUCGGGAGCUCCUUCUCGAAGGUCGUCCUCAGGGACAAUGGAUACGAAGGCGUCGUGAUAGCCAUCGAAGACCGAAUCCCGAGCUCCAAGUGCCAAGAAAUAAUUCAGGGACUUGAGGACGUGGUGAGAGCAGCCUCCAGCACCAUCUUCGUAGCCACCAGAGGUCGGGCCAACUUCCGAAGUGUGAGGGUCCUGGUGCCCUCCAGCUGGAACGUGGCCUUAUGCCCCUCGCUGGGGGACCUGCAGUCGACGAGAGGAGAGACCUGGGACGGCGCUGACCUCAGGGUGACCCAGGGAAGGCACCCACGACACGGACCCAGGCCCUGGACUUUGCAUACCAAGGGAUGCGGGCAGACGGGAGAUUACAUCUCGCUGGGGCACGAUCUGCUUCUCUCUAAUGACACGAUUAUUAACGGUCGACUUCUGGCUCACGAGUGGCUCCAGUAUCGUUACGGUGUCUUCGAGGAGACCGGCUGGGUCGAGAACCCCGUGCAUCCGGCUCACUACCGGGCCUCCGACGGGCAGUGGCGUCCCAACGCAUGCUCCAACGUCGAACUAUCGCCGAAUCCUGCCUGCCACCCUCGCAACGGCUCCUGCCCCUUCAGGAUCGAGCAGAACGACUCUCCGCAGCUGACCAAGUCCUUCAUGGCCUUUCCUGAACUGCCAUCGGUGAAAGAGCUCUGUGACGAAGGCUCGCAUAACCGGGAAGCACCGACGCGCCACAACCUCCUCUGCGACGGAAAAUCUGCUUGGGAAGUCAUGAGGGCUUCUCCUGAUUUCCAGAAUAACAGGAAUGUUGAAGGGGGACUCAGAGAAAGCGAGGUCACAUUCCAGUACGUUCGCCCCCGUAACCCAAGAAUUGUCUUGCUCAUUGAUGACACCAACGUCAUGAACGUGCAGAAACGUUGGGACUUCAUGCGCAAGGCAGUCAGGAAGCUCGUUACGUACGACGUCCCCGAUGGCUACGGCAUCGGUCUAGUAGUAUUCAACUCCAUUCCCUCCACCAAGUAUCCAAUGACAAGCCUCACAGACGGCAUAACCAGAGAAAAAGUUGGCUCAUCCUUACCCAGGAACCCUUCGAGGGAAGACGAGCACAAACGUUGCAUAAUAUGUGGCGUGAGAGAAGCCCUUAAAUUGAUUCAGCAAGAUGGUAUUGGCGGACAUAUCGUGAUGGUGACGGCGGGAAGCGGCUUGGUUGAAGAGAGCGAAGCCGCCGAGACAGCGCAGCUACUCCUGGAAGCCCAUGUUGUCCUUCAUGCCAUCAUCUAUCCUCUGGCUGAAAAGUACCCGACGCCGAACGGCGGCCUAGAAACCCUAGCUGCUCGUUCGGGCGGCAAUACGUUUGUGGUACGGGAUGAGGGUAUCGGAGCGGAUUCAAAGCUUAGCAUGUACUACAAUCUUUUAGAUUCCUUCUACCACGCGUUACUCUCCGCAUCUGGGCAGUCUGCUCUACCUGUCAAGGUACAUUCGGCAGAGCAUCCAGGUGGAAGGGUGCCAAUAUCUGAGGGCAGCUUUAUGAUGGACCCAACCUUAGGCACUGAUACAGUCUUUGCCAUUUUCUACUACGAUGUGACGCACGUUGGGAACCAAGUUCAUCUCGUGAGUCCACACGGUCAGGUUAUUGACACAGCCAACAUGCAAAACGAAGAUGGCAACAUCAACAUGAUCACCGUUCGGUUGGUAGAAGCUCAAGUGACGCCCGGCCUUUGGCGCUACAAAGUUGAGAACCGCGCGGAUUCCCAUCAGGCCCUUUACGUCCAAGUUACUUCACGGCCACGCCUCCAGCCUAGAGUUCCAAGUGUGAAAGUUCGUACGUGGAUCAAUCCCAGCCUAGGCGUAGUCAAUGCUAGCGACAUAUCCAAACCACUUGCUCUGUAUGCUGAAGUCAGGGUUGGUCUGAUGGGCGUAGAAGGAGCUAAAGUCAUAGCAAUGCUUACCAGACUUGGCUACACCAACAAUGGAACUCAGUAUCCACCUCUGGAAGUCCAGCUGUUUGACAAUGGCCUUACAAGUCCCGACAUGAACAAAGGAGAUGGCGUAUACUCUCGUUUUGUGCCUGGACUCGUGUCUGGGAAGUACAGCAUCAUCGUGAACGUGGAAGGCAAAAUCGACGACAAUGAUUUCGCUCGUCGCUCCAGACUUGGAAUCGUUGAUGUCAUAGGAACCCUUCCAAAGAAAGAUGUCCUUCCCCCUGCCCGCGUUGUGGACCUCCGAGCAGCACUGCUACCAGACACAGUGAACCAAGUAGCUUUCACUUGGACGGCCCCUGGUGGAGAUAUAGAUUACGGAACUGCUGAUCGGUAUGUCGUCAUGGCCUCAAACAACCAGCUCGACUUGCUGGAAGGAGGAGGCACUCUGCUCGAGGACUGGCCAGCUCCUCUGGCAUCGCCUGCCAUACAGCAACACACGGUUCUCUGGAAAGAAUACGAAACUGUUAGCUACGUCUCUCUUUACGCUGUGGAUGAAGAGGGAAAUACUGGUGGCUUCAGCAAUAUCGUCAGUGUCUACGUUCCAGCUCCACCCACCACAACCGUCGCUCCUCCUUCGAAAGCUCCUCCAGUGUUGUCUGCCAACACGUCCGCCGUCAAAGAGGGAACCAGUGCCCCAGUGUUAGCUGCCCUCGAUACUCACCAACUUGCUGUCAUCUUCGGGUGCGUCGGUGGGUUUAUCGUCGUCGUUGCUGUUAUUGUGUGUUACUGCGCAGCUAGUCACCGCCACCAUCGCAAGGCUGCUGCCGCCAAGAAGGCGCACGAAGUCCAGGACGCAUAUAGCAUCAAUGUCACUGUUGCAUCGAAGGGCGUGGACUUCGCAGAGGGCAAGGAGAAAGACGGCAUCAAGAAGGAAUACAUCAGCCCCGUGGAAUCGUGGUCAGCAUCGCAGCUCUUGAGUAACCAUCAAGACGGCAAGCGCAGCAGUAUGUCCGGUCGUUCAGACAACAAUUCCGACCACAGUGCAUCCACCAAAAAGAGCUACGGAGGAUCCUCCGAGCCGAACGACUUCUACGGCGAGGCCAACCAGUACCACUACCAGCACCCCGGUUACCCAGAUCACUACCCUGCUCAGAGCGAUGGCUACCCAACACCUACUGAAGGAUUCCCCAACGACAACUACCCUCCUCCUUCCGAGGCCCGUUCCUACAUGAGCUCACAGCCUUCAGACUCCUUCCUCUCGGUAUCCUGUGACCUGCUUCCCUCGACUCACGGACCUCCUGCUUACGCUGCUUAUCCUUCCUACGACAGUUCCCUCAGGUCCGGAAAGGUCCCUCCUCCCAUUCCUCCCAAGCCGAAGGUUCUGUACACGCCAGAGCCUUACAUGUACGACACCCAGUCUCUGGACCCACAUUCAUCGACGCCCUCUGUGGCAUCUGAAAAGCGUGUGCGCAACGUCACAAUGGUGUAAGUGUGACAGCAGUGAUAUGUUCUGCUAAAUGCAGCUUAUCAAAAGUUAUUGGCAUUAUUAUAGGAUAAUUGUGAUAUGUAGUAAUGUAAGGGACCUCUCUCUUUUUUUUUUUUUUUUUUGUCUUUUUGUACAUACCAUUCAAGGAUUUAGUUCAUAGUACAAAUAUUAUAUGUGAGUGCUCAACUUACCGCAACGGAAAUCUUUGCAUGCGUGAUAUUUGGAGGCUUCGAGUGCACUGAAACUCCCAUGGACGCACCGUGCAGUUUCUGCGCAAUAAAAGAAAAGACUUGGAAUAUUACAGAAGCCUCGUGAUCUCAUUCAAACGCUGUAGACAGUGAAGGAACGAACUAUAUAUGGGCAUGUAUCCAUACAGCCUCUGUACUGGGGCUGCAGAAUUCCUGUGCAACUGGUUUACAGUAAAGCGUGAUUUGAGCAACUCUCCAUGUAAACACACCUGCAAUGAUGUGCCAUAUCUCUUACGAUAUACUUGGAGCUUGGACUUGUGUGAGUUCUGAGGGUGCUUACGUGAAUUAUUCUGGAAAUGAGAGGGAUGACAAUGCGACACUUCAUCGCACAGCAGGAGGAAAAAAAAAAAAAAAGACCAGCCAUCAUUGGACAGUCGAGAUGAAACGCGAAAAAAAUCAUCUGUUCUUGAAGUCAAAUCUCCCAAAACAGCAUCCGAAUCCUUUGGUUAAAUUUUGACGAUUUGUCCCAAAUUUGUCAGGAUCUCAGUGUGAAAAUUAACUUCCAGGACACAUUUUUAUUAUAAAUACGUUAAAUCAACCACUGGGCACCUCUCAUGGGGGCCUCAGUUCAAGGAUUUGUUGUGGCUUUUGGUUUCGUCUCAUCAUUUUCGUCUCCUUUUAUCCCUAGUCACCCCUGUUUGUCGUUGGAGGUCCUUAUUUUGACUUUUCUAGUCACCCUCUGAUGUAAAUGACGAGUACAGUAUUUUGCAUUUUUUUAUGAUUUUAUAGUAUCUAGAGAGUAAGUUGACUGUAAGAUAUUCGCGUGCAAUUAUGUACAGAUUAUACAAUAGAGAUAUUUGUUAACUGGUUUUGUAAAUAAAUUUGAAGACAACA